AAAACCGUAAACCAUGUCUAUAGCUCUGCCUUCUCAGAGUGAGAUUUCCCGGAACAAAAUUGAACCUGUAGCAAAUGAAGACAAUGACACAAAAGUCAUACUCCAGUCAGAUGGUGGUGAAUCCACAAGCUCCGGAUUCUGUGGAUACCUCCUUACCUUCUUCUCCUUUUUCCUCGUCUUUCUUACAUUUCCUGUCUCAGUCUGGUUUUGUAUGAAGAUUGUCCAGGAAUAUGAAAGAGCAGUAAUAUUCAGAUUGGGACGACUCCUAGGUGGUGCUAAAGGACCUGGUUUGUUCUGGAUUAUACCGUGUGUAGACACAUUUAGGAAGGUUGAUUUAAGGACAGUGUCCUUUGACAUCCCUCCACAGGAGGUACUGACCAAAGACUCAGUGACUAUCAUGGUGGAUGCAGUGGUCUACUAUCGCGUCUUUAACCCCACUGUCUCUAUUACCAAAGUGGAAAAUGCUAAUCAUGCCACACAGAUGAUUGCUCAGACAACAUUACGAAACAUGCUGGGAACUAAGAGUCUGGCAGACAUCUUAAAAGAUCGUGAGGAGAUGUCUGAACAGAUGGAGGCUGUGCUGUAUACUGCAUCCAAGAACUGGGGUAUCAAAGUGGAACGGGUUGAGCUUAAAGACGUCAAACUGCCCACCACUUUGCAGAGAGCCAUGGCAGCUGAGGCCGAGGCCACCAGAGACGCCAGAGCCAAGGUGAUUGCAGCAGAGGGAGAAAUGAAUGCCUCCCGCGCUCUGAAGGACGCAGCGAACGUGAUGUCAGAGUCUCCGUCUGCGCUUCAGCUGCGCUACAUGCAGACGCUCACUGAGAUCGCCUCGGAAAGGAACUCAACUAUUGUCUUUCCUCUUCCUAUUGACUUCAUCACUAAUUUUAUGAAAAGGUGACCUUAUGUAGGAGCUAUCUACUAACGUUCAAAUAUCACUGUACAGUACAUAGUUUCUCUAUGCUUGCAAAACAUUCAAUAUAUUAUAUUUUCCCCUUUGCAUUGUUUCAUACAUAUUUGAAAUUAAAUAAAUAGUUUUGUAUUACGUGAUUAAGUGAUCAAAUGAUGUGGCUAAGCUAUGUUCUACUCUGAUCUAAUCUGCUUGAAUUAUUUUG